AUGAGCAACAACAACAACAGCAGCAGCAAUAAUAAUAAUAAUAGAAUUCGAAUCGGUCAAUACAAUAUCAUCAGUACGAUUGGUACUGGUUCCUUUGGGAAAGUAAAACUUGCCGUACACGCUAUCACGGGACAAAAAGUAGCCUUGAAAAUCAUAAACAGAAAGAAAAUAGCCAGUAUGGAUAUGAGCGGAAGAGUCAAGCGCGAGAUUCAAUACUUGAAAUUACUUCGUCACCCACAUAUCAUCAAACUAUAUGAAGUGAUAACAACCCCAACCGAUAUCAUCAUGGUUAUCGAGUACGCAUCUAAAGAACUAUUUAAUUAUAUUGUCGAGAAAGGAAGAAUGUCUGAAGAUGAUGCUCGUCGUUUCUUUCAACAAAUCAUUUGUGCAGUCGAAUAUUGUCACAGACACAAGAUUGUUCAUAGAGACUUGAAACCAGAAAAUCUCUUAUUAGAUGCAAACAACAAUGUCAAAAUAGCUGAUUUUGGAUUGUCGAAUAUUAUGACAGAUGGCGAUUUCUUAAAAACAAGUUGCGGUAGUCCAAAUUAUGCAGCUCCUGAAGUCAUAUCUGGAAAAUUAUAUGCUGGACCAGAAGUUGAUGUUUGGAGUUGUGGUGUGAUUUUAUAUGUUAUGCUUUGUGGUAGACUGCCAUUUGAUGAUGAAUAUAUACCUACUUUAUUCAAAAAGAUUAAUGGUGGAAUCUAUAAAAUGCCAUCAUAUCUUAGUCCAGACACUAAGCAAUUAUUGACAUCCAUGUUGGUGGUGGAUCCUUUAAAGCGUAUAACAAUACAAGAAAUAAGACAAAAUGCAUGGUUCAAUAAAAACUUACCAGAUUAUCUUCGACCACUACCAAAUACCGAAGAAAAUGAAAAUAUGCCUAUAGAUGACGCUCUAGUAUCCGAGUUAUCAAAAAAAAUGGGGUACUCUGCUGAAACGAUUUUGAAAGCUCUAAAGGAACCAAGCAACAAUCAGUUCAAGGUAGCCUAUCAACUCGUACUCGACAAUAAAACAUUGUUUAAAGACAGUAAGUUGUCCGAACAUAACAAUAUUCCAAGCUUCCUUGCAACAUCACCUCCACCGUGGAACACGUCUUUGAAUACAGAUGACAUAAACCAUGAAGACGAAUCGUCCAUUUCGGUACUAAGUUCCAGUUUACCCAAGGCAGAGCCUAUAGGAAGAGAAAGGUCUUCAUCCAUCGCGUCUCUCAGAGCGGAUUUACCUAUCAUUUACGCCACAGGCACUCCACCACCAGGUGCGAUGGCUCCACCCAGUCGCUCGACUCAACCGAGGCAUUUAUCAAUCAAUACGGCCACGAAGAAACCACAUAAAUCAAGAUCGAAAUGGCACUUUGGUAUUCGAAGCAGAUGUCCUGCAUGGGAGGUCAUGUUGGAGAUAUAUCGAUCCUUACAGAAUGUUGGCAUGGAGUGGAGAACAGUGGAUCCAUAUCAUCUACGAUGCCGAUACAAGUAUGCAGAGCUCGGCCUUGUUGUCAAGUUUGAUUUACAACUCUACAAGCUUGAAAACAAUAGUUAUCUAGUAGACUUUAAAAACGCAGGCACAAAGCGUUUAGACGCAGACGGAAAAGAAAUCAAAAAGGUGCCACAGGGCCCAUUUUGGCAGUUGGAUGAAGAAGAUGCCUUGGCUGAACAUAUGCAGAGUGUGUACCCCUUUCUAGAUGUCUGUAGUAAAUUGAUUACGGAUAUAGUCUAA